AUGAACAGGCCGCACGACGACGUCGAGGGCGUCAGCGCGCUCGCGAGCGACAGCUUCAGCCGCGAGAAGGCGCGCGCGGAGGUGACGAGGCGGACGCUGAUCUCCCCGCUGGAGGAAGACCCUCGUCUGUCGUACGCAACAGAGGAGUACUCGUCGGUGAUCGAGCGCUUCGUGCAAGACCACGUGGCGGCGCCGCGCAUGAUCGGCAAGGACACGCGCGCGACCAUCACUGUUGCGGGGGGCGGGAACGCCGCGCACGUCGUCCUGGCCCUGCUCGGCUCCAACCCCAACUUCACCGUCCAGCUCUGGGACACCCUGAGCCACGAAGUCGAGGCCUUCCGCGCCGCGCUGGCGGCGAACGGCGGCAUGGUGGCUGUUGAGCACCCCGACGGGAAGCCCGACACGCUCGGGCGCGUGGCCAAGGUGUCCUCGGACCCCGCGGACCUCCUGCCGGCCACGGACCUCCUCCUCCUGUCCGUCCCCGCGCCCUUCCACGGCCUCUACCUGGAGCGUGCGGUGCCGCACCUGCACGAGGACAUGCACGUGGGCUGCAUGGUCGCCGAGGGGGGCUUCGACUGGCAGGCGCUGUCGUACGUGUCGAGCGUCCCGAUGCUGCACGGCGCCAGGCUGUCGAUCUUCGCGAUGGAGACUCUCCCGUGGGCGUGCAAGAUCGUGGAGUACGGCCGCAAGGCGCGCAUCUCCGGGGUCAAGGAGGACGUGGACAUCUCCGUGUUCCCGCGCGCGGCCGGGCGCGAGGUGGCGCAGAUGAUCAACGACCUGAUUGGCACGCAGCGCCAGGUGACGACGAAGAAGGGCACGGCCCUGACGGAGCAUGCGUACCCGCAGCUGAACGCCACGACGUUCAUCGAAUCCACGCUGAUGAACAUCAACUCGGUGUGGCACCCCUGCAUCACCUACGCCCGCUUCGGCCCGCACGCGUGGGACCAGAAGACGCCGUUCGCCGAGCCCCCGCUCUUCUACGAGGGCGUCGGCGACAUCGCCGGCAACGUCCUCACGGGCGUCUCCAACGAGGUCAUGGCCGUGCGCCGCGCGCUCGAGCAGGCCGCGCCGCACCUGGACCUGCACAACGUGCACCACGUGCGCGAGUGGGUCCUGCGCGCGUACAAGAACGACAUCGCCGACAAGAGCACCCUCGCGACCUCCAUCGCCACCAACCGCGCCUACGUCGGCUACCGCCACCCGAUGCGCGAGGUGGCCCCCGGGCAGCUGCUGCCGGACGAGCGCGCGCGCUACAUGUCCGAGGACGUCCCGUUCGGCCUGGCCGUGACCAAGGGUAUCGCGGAGAUCGUCGCGGUGGAGACGCCCUGCAUGGACCGCGUCAUCGCGUGGUGCCAGGGCCGCAUGGGCAAGGAGUACGUGGUGGGCGGGCACCUGCGCGGGAAGGACGUGCUCGAGACGCGCGCGCCGCAGCGGUUCGGGAUCACGUCGCUCGCCGCGCUGCUGAGGCUGUGCGCGUGA